AUGGCCUCCAGAACCAGCCCCAUUCAGCCCUUUGCCCCCCUCACUCGUUCUCCAUUAACUGCUCACCGCUACGAGCUGUAUCCGCCGCCAACGCUCCCUUCGUUCACCCUCGUCCUUACCCAACACCCAAACAACGACGUGCUCGUCAUUCCGUGGACCCCCAUCGAGUAUAUCCCGCGCAAAUCGAGGCUCCUUGCAGUUCAGGAAUCGCCUCGUCCUGUGACUCGUCCAAUCGCGACUCUCCCGACCCCGACCAACACGAAUCUACUCACCACCUUACUGAAAUUCUUCCGGCGUUGCCUCGCUAAUAUCGUCAAGAAGGUGAAAAAGCCUGUGUCCGUCCCACAGCCAUGA